GAUGUUGUACCGGAAAAGUUAAUGAUAUAAUAUUUUAUGUUAAAAUUGUAGUUAAACAAUUUUAUAUCGCUAAAUAUCAAUUGCUGAUAGAAAUUUUUUUCUGGUUAAACCGUCGAGCACCUCUACCUUUUCUCGGCUGGUUAUACGAUAUAGACACACAAAAGAGAGAAGUUUAGUUUGUAUCAAAACAGGUGGAUGAGUGGCAAACACGAAACUCUCUCUAAUGAUCGAUCAUUUCUCUAUUUUUCUUACCAACAACGCGUUUCCAAGCUGCCAUUUUGAUUGCCUUUUAAUUUGCACCACCACUCUUCGCUACUUUCGAUUUAAAACUUGGUUGGAUUUGGCACCAACUUCACUAUUUUAAAAACAAACUCACACACACAGCAAAGUGUUGGAUCAAUAGUUCCAUCGACAUCCUAAAUUUUGUUGCCUCGCCUCCCCUUUUAUUGCCACCAUUUUUAUCGCCGUAGAGUGAUCAGUAACAAAUUUUAAGGCAAGUCAGCCUAUUGUUCCAUGCAUAAGGUGGUAAUGUUGGCCGAGACCAUUCACCAUCGAGCCCAACCAUUUUAUCAAGGUAGAAGUGGCAAUUGGAUCAGAUUCCGUGGAUUGGAUCUGAAUGAAAUUAUGAAUUGGAUCCAAUGAAUUUACGGAUUUGAUAGAUCAAGUUAAUUCAUAAACUGAAUUGUCAAUCUAUCACAGUAACUUGCCCCGAUAACUUAUGUUUUUGGUAACAAAUCGAUAUGAAAAGAAAUAGAUGGUCGAAAUUCGAGCCACCUACCAAAUUUUAUGGUUCUUGAUAUAUUGAAAUGUCAAUUUAUUCCAAGUAUUUGGCUAAAGAGUCCACUUGUUUGAAGAGGAGUGCACAAGGGUUCAAAUCUAGGAGUGGUAAACGGUUAGUCGGUUUUAAAUCGAUAACAAUGGUUAGUGAUUAAUUUAUAACCAAUAAUUUCUUUGUGGUUCGGUUUUGGUUAGCUGUAUUUUGUUUAUUGGUUACCGACCGACUAAUCGGUUAGUGGUUAACCGAUAACCAUCUAUUAGUAUAAUCAUAUAGUUUUUGCCUUUGGUUAAGGAAAAAAGUCUCAGAAUUCAAAACCAACCAAAGUCACAAUUCUAAUCAUCACAAUUCACAUUUAUUGCAAACAAACCUCCACCGAAAGUCUCAAAUAUGUUUAAUAGUCAAACCCCGAAAGUCAACCCUAUUUGACUCUUGUUUGCAGUAGGCAGAGCGAAUCUUGCGCCCUAGUAGUUUUUGUUUCUAUGAUGUUUGUGAAUAAUGAUGAAUUAGUUUUAUGAGAUUUUUUGUAAGUUUCAUGGAACGUGUGGCAUGCUUUAAGAAAUUUGUGGUGUAAUAGUGGUCUGCUCUAUGAGCUUUCUGGUGUGCUUUAGGGAAUUUGUGAUCUUUUCAAGCAAACUCGUGAUAUGCUUUAAUAACUUAUAGUCUGCUUUAGGAAACUUGUGAUAUGCUUUAAUAAACUUGUGGUCUGCUUUAUGAGGUUUCUGAUCUGUUUCAAGAAACUUGUGGCAUGCUCUAAGAAACUUAUGGUACGUUUUUUAUAGAGUUUGUGGUAUGCUUUAUGAGAUUUCUGAUAUGCUUCAGGGAACUUGUGAUCUGAUUUGAGUUUUCUGGUAUGUUUUAUGAUUGUGGUGUGGUGAGGUUGUGAUUAGCUAUAUAAUCUUUCUAGUAUGUUUUUAAGGUAUUUAUGGUGUGUUUUAUUGUAUUUGUGGUUUGUAUUUUGUGGUAUGCUUCAUAAUAGUUGUAUUUCUCAUAAUUUUUAAUAAUGACAAACGUGCCCCUCCGCUUAUUCGGUUUGAGCGUUGACUAGGGAUGGCAAUUUGAACCUGCCUCGCCAGGUAUUACCCGACUUGACCCACGAUGGGCGGGUAUUACCCGAACCGCAGUAGCGUGGGGCGGGGCAUGAGUAUCUACUUCCGCCCCGCCUUUUUUUUGCCCAUUCUAUCUCAGUUUCUUACCGUAUCUAUUCAUAUUUCUCAUAUAUUGACUUUGUUUAACUAAUUAGGUUUGACCUUUCAACUAGUUAGAGUCAAUUACCUUUUCUAUUUUCACUAUUGUUCAUUCAUAAAGUGUUUUCCCCUUCGUUUUAUCGUAAAAAGUGAAAUUUUACGUAUAUUUUAUCAAAUAAUAUGUCAAAGUGGGUCGACUCACUCUGGCCCGACCCAUAGUAACAUGGGACGGGACAUUAAUAUUGAGGUACCCACUCCAACCCCAUUACCAUCACUAGUUACCAACACCUAACCUGUUCGAAAAACCAUACCCACCAUCACAGACAGGCAGUAUUCGGUUUGAAUUUUACCCUAUACGCAUAUAAAAAUCUUUCACUUUCAAGAUUUAUCGAGAAGAUAUGCCAUUCAGAUCCCAACAUCAACUAAUUUUACACCUUCCUUUUACCCUGAAAAUUCACCCAAAUUCUUACAGCCGCCCGUCACCCACCUAUGCGAAGUUGCGAACAAACAAAAUUUACCCUCUUAAUUCGAGAGUCGAGACUCCUUUCUCCCGGGCCCGGAUAGAAUAACAACAACAUAUUUGUUGUUACUAUAACAACAAGGACAAAAAGGUAAUACAACAAAAACACAAUAAAAAUUAACUAAAAUGGAAAAUCAAUUUUUCUCCGUCCCUCCAUCCAGAUCUCAGUCGUCUUCUUCGUCUCAUCGUCUCAUCCAUCCCAUGAUUUCUUCUUUCUCCUUAGCUCCGGCAUCGACGACAAUCCAAACAAGAAAAAAUAGGCGGAGGUUGUUUUCUGAUUCCCCGUUGUCUCUGCGUCACUGGCUGCGGGAUCGGCCGCGGCGGACGGGUCUUCAGGAACUAGGUCUUCGAAGGCUCGUUGUUGGGCGCUGACUACAGGAUCAAGCGACGGCCGAACCACUGCAACUGUAAGUGUGCGCUCCACGACAAAUCUCGCAACGGCAGCGACAGAAGUUGCGGGAAUUGCAAGAACACCGUCUCAUAGAAGAUUCGUCGGUCCUGGAGCAAAGGCUUCAUUGCUCUCGCGGUAUCUUCCGGUGCCAGAUCCGGAUCGUCCCCUUCGUGUUCGUCGAAGGCGUCGAGCCGAUCGGCGACCACCGCCUCCGACCACGCCUUGUCCUUCCAUACGUCGACGCAGAGGUCAUAUAUGAAGCCGAGCGCCCCGCAUCUGCAAGGCGGCGAAAGUGGCCUCAAUCGGGUGGAGAUGGAGCCCGGGAAAAGGAAGAAGAUGAUCGUCCUCUUCCCCCUGCCUUCGUCUUCUUCUUCUUCUCUUCCUCCGAGAAAGAAUUAAAAUUAUUGCCCCCACAAUCUAACAACCCAGAAUCAAUGAAAUUGACGAGUCAGUGAAAUUAAAAAGGCAAUAAUUGUGGUUCUUUUUCAUCAUAAUAAUUUCUACAAUAUUAACUCAAGCAGAUACACUAAUUUUAAUUCACUUGUAAUUGCAAUUAGUGAGUCCAAGUAAUUUUGUAACUUUCCUAAUAAUUACCACAAAUCUCUUGAUUUAAACCAUAAAUACCACAAAGUAAACAACAAAUAUUUCUAAAACACACCAACAACCUCUUAAUGCAGACCAGAAACAGAUAAAACAAAUCACAAAAAAGCAUACCAGAAACCUCCCAAUGCAUACCACAAAUCCCCUAAAACAAACCACAGACCUCACAAAACAAACCACAAAUAUUUUGAAAGCACACCAGAAACUUCUUAAUGCAAACUAGAAACCUCCUAAUGCAUACCACAAAUAUCCUAAAACAAACCACAAACCUCACAAAGCAAACCACAACAUUUGCGAAAACACACCAGAAACCUCCUAAUGCAAACAACAAACACAGUAAAUCAAACCACAAAAAAGCAAACCUGAAACGUCCUAAUGCAGACCACAAAUAUAUUAAAACAAACCAGAAACCAUUCAAUGCAACCCACAAAAUUUUUGAAAGCAAACCAGAAACUUCUCAAUGCAAACCACAAACAUGAUAAAGCAAACCACAAAAGGCAUACAAAAAUAUGAGAAACCAAACCAUAAAUCUCACAAUACAGACCAUAACAUCCGGUGAUCGUUGACCGGUCAACGAAAACCGUUGACCAAACUCCGAUGACCGUCAAUCACCGGAUUCCGGCGCCGAUAGGCAUAUUCCGACCCCGAUGACUAGAUUCCGACGCCGGUAAGCAUAUUCCGACCACGGUGAGCAUAUUACGGCGACAGUGGCAUAUUUCGAUGACAAAAUAGCAUAUUUCGGCGAUCGAUGGCCGAAUUCCGGUGACCAAAAUUUUGGACAAAAAAUAAAAAUUUAUAUUUUUAUUUAAUAUAUUUUCAUAAUGACAAUUAUACCCCUGCUUUAAUUUUACACUAGGUUAACUCACCUAAUAAAAAAUCAUCACAACCCUAGCUUCCUAUUAGUUGGAGGCUAGUGUUGUUACACUAACAACAAAUAUGGUAUUGUCACCCUAUCCUAUCCGCUCCCCUUCCUCCCUCACUGAAAAACCUUUACGAGCUGCCGCACACAAACUCGCCGACGCCGUCUCCUCCUUCUCUCCUCUGCGCCGUCACCUAACCCCGCCGGAUACCCUAGCUGCCGAACGAAACUCGCCGCUGCACUCUUCACUCCUCUUCUACGCCGCCGUUUUCUCCUCCGUCCUCUUCCCAUUUGCCGCUGGGCCUCUGUAAGUCACCAAAUUUGCUGAAAUGUAUACAUUGAUGAUUGAUGAUGAGGAAUGAUUGGGAGGUAAUUGUUGGUUUGUCUGCAAAUGGAGAAAGAUUGAAACUUUAUCUCAUUAAAACUCUUUUUUUGGCCAUCCUUGUCCCAUUGUAGCAGUUCUUGGUGUCUAAUUCAUUAGAGAAGCAUCCUUGCUUGAACAGUAUAAGUUCCACUUUGAUUCUGUUGUAUUCAAUGAUGAUAGGUAGAGCUCAUUUGAUUUAACUUUCAUGAAGGAAGUUGCAUGUGCUCACUAGAUCUUAUUUACUCAACUGCUAGUCAUAGCAACUCUCGUAGAAAGUGGGAUUUUGAUUUGGUUCUCAUCGAAUUGGGUUCAGUUUAACAGUGAAACGUCCAACAAGGAAUUGCCACAGUCAUGAUAAUGUCUCUUCGGGCUCCUCCUUCCUCCACAUCUUCUUCCUGUUCUCUUUUCCCCUCGCGUCGUAGCAUGCAUUCUACUUCCCGCGCAAUGCUGCCUCUUUCGGUCGCUUUUCCCACGAGAUUUGUCAGUUGCAGCCUAUUGCAAGAUCAAGUCUCCGUUGAUACCGGAGCUGGGUCUAAAGUCUCUGACCGAAAUGAGCUUCGGCUUGGUUUGCCUAGCAAAGGACGGAUGGCCGAUGACACGCUUGAUCUCCUCAAGGACUGUCAACUAUCUGUCAGAAAGGUUAAUCCUCGACAAUAUGUCGCGGACAUUCCUCAGCUGUCCAACUUGGAAGUCUGGUUCCAGCGACCCAAAGACAUUGUGAGAAAGUUGUUAUCAGGAGAUUUGGACCUUGGAAUUGUGGGCCUUGAUAUAGUCAGGGAAUAUGGCCAGGGAAGUGAAGAUCUAAUCAUUGUUCACGAUUCUCUUGAUUUUGGGGAUUGCCAUUUAUCCAUAGCUAUACCAAAAUAUGGCAUCUUUGAAAACAUAAAUUCCAUGGAGGAGCUGGCCCGAAUGCCUCAGUGGACAGCUGACAAACCUCUACGAGUUGCAACUGGAUUCACUUAUCUAGGAUCUAAAUUUAUGAGGGAAAAAGGACUGAAACAUGUGGUUUUUUCAACUGCUGAUGGAGCCUUAGAAGCCGCACCAGCGAUGGGUAUAGCUGAUGCAAUUUUAGACCUUGUCAGUAGUGGAACAACUCUCAGGGAAAAUAACCUCAAAGAAAUUAAAGAUGGCAUUGUAUUGGAGAGUCAGGCUGUUCUUGUUGCAAGCAAGAAAUCAUUAGUGCACCGGAAAGGCUUGCUGGACACAACACAUGAGAUCAUUGAAAGAUUGGAGGCACAUUUGAGGGCUGUUGGUCAAUUCACGGUGGUUGCAAACAUGAGGGGAAAUAGUGCUGAUGAAGUAGCACAGCGAGUACUAAGCCAGCCAUCUUUGGCGGGGCUGCAGGGACCUACUGUAAGUCCAGUUUUCUGCAAACGUGAUGGAGAAGUUGUGGUCGAUUAUUAUGCCAUAGUCAUUUGUGUACCAAAGAAGGCAUUGUACAAGUCUGUACAGCAACUUAGAGCGAUUGGAGGCAGUGGUGUUCUGGUUUCUCCUUUGACUUACAUAUUCGACGAGGAGACCCCUAGAUGGCAGGAACUUCUUGGCAAACUGGGCCUAUAAUAACGAUGUUCUCUUUGCUUGGUGUCUCAUCGUCGUCCAGUUCAAUUCUGUUCCUUCAAUAACCUGCUGGCUUCCAGACUCCAGAUACGCAGAUCAUGGUCGUGCUACAACUAGAGAUGGUUGAGAAGCAGAAGAAAGGAACCUCCCCUGCAUUAUGGAGCGGCAGCAAGCAAAGUGCAUAAGCAACUUGGGAAAAUUUUCCAUGUUGUAUUUUUGAGUCGCCAUUUAGUAAUCUUUAUGUAGCAAUUGUUCCUGUGUUUUUAAUAAGCCAUGUGCUGCCUGUGUUCUUUCUUUUUCUUCUUCUCUAUUUCAUUCUUGAAAAACAGUUAACUUCUCAACUUUUCUGUGUCCAAUCUGUUGAGUUAUUCAGAAUUUUGUGUUCAUUCGGUAUCAUCAUUACUCUGUUUUGGUUAUGACGAGGGGGUCUUUUGCCAUAAUUAAGGGAAGUCGAGAUCUCCACGAUUCUCGACUAGAGUGAUGCAGGAUUUCAAGUCACAUAGUUUGCGUCGCUCACUUUUUGGUUCACAUAGACUCGUACUUGUGUCUCUGCAAUGAAAUUCUCUGCAGAAUUUGCUUGUAUGAUAACCUUGAUCAUCAUUCUCAUGGCAAGGCCAUCAAUAAGAACAAGGAUGAGCUCACGAAAUCAAAGUGAAUGGGAUUGGCAAUUUUUAGCAACAUUUCUAUCAUCACAAACAUGAAGUUUGCAAUAUAUUUCAAACAUGAAGCAUACAAACAUGGAUCACAACCACCCUCUCUUCCAUACCCUUUAUUUUAUGAAUCUCUCUCUUCCACACCUUCCUACACCAAAUUUGUACAGAACACACGUAGGGCUAACAUUCUUAGCUUUUUAUGUUAGUAAAAAAUUAAUAACUUCAUUCAUAAAGAAGAUGAAAGAGUUGGUACUGCCAAAACCAUGCUAGUGAUAAGUUAAUAGUUAAUACUCCAUGUAUAUUAAUUAAUCCCACAUGAAAUAAGGCACGUUGUACUCACAAAAAAAGGAGUGCAUGUCACACACCCUAAUGUAGAAGAAAAUUAUAGUAAUUAAAGUUAAAAUGGUAUUCAUUGAUAUUGGUCUUACUUAACGAGAUAUGUCGAAUUUCUUAGUUUUUCUCAAAUAUUUUGGCAAAAUUGAACGAAUCACACUAGCCAGCAAAUUUGUCACGUCAGAAUUUAAGUAUGUUUCUUUAUAAAGAAGCACUAUAAGGUUGGGUUUGGUUUGUUAGCGGGUUAGCAUCUCUGGAUUUGGGUCUCGGCCCAUGUUUGUACAUAUGUUUAGUUCGGACUCUAUUUUGUACUUGGGUUUUUUGGCUGGACUUUGGUUGGACGUGCAUGUAGGGUUAGGGUGCAUGGAGUUAGGGUUGGGAGGGUAUAUAUAUUUGCCCUUAUGUACUGCUGCCGAUCAUCGAAUCUUGUGAGAAUAAGAUACAAGCUCGGAG